UAUUUUACAACUAGAGCUUAUUACUGGAACAUCUCCAACAAGGCCGGAUUUCUUUAUCGAGGAGAAAGACCCAAGGUACAUUCAAAAUAAUCGUGAUUUUGAGAUACAAAAAUGUUGUCGUGUGAACUCUCUUAUAUAUUGAUGAGAGCAAGGAAUUUUGUCCACUUCCCUCUUUUGGCGGUACAUUUGGAGAUUAAUAAUUAUGCAAAGGCAACCGUUGUGGCUCCGCAAGAUGCCAAGACCAUUUUACUCCCUGCUAAGUUUCUCGUCUCUACUGCGGAGUUCUGAACAUUUUGAGAGAACACCCCUUCCUCAGUUUCGUGUUGCCAUUACUUUCGAAACAAUUAAUAAGAGAAGUUUUAAAAUAAUAAUAAUUAUUCAAUACUCUGGUAAACAGGCGCGAAUUUGACAUUUUCUUAUUGAAAUCCCUCUUUUCAGUGCACGAAUUGUUCCGCCUACUUUUACCAUUCCUUUUACUCGAAGACAUUGCGUAACAGAACUGAUUCUCUCUUGACUUAAAACUGUCACUUUUGGCUUGCAGUGCUUAUUAUGAAACCAGCAUUUUCCAAACUCUGCUUUGUUGAGCAUGAUCUAGUUAGACGAGCACAAUGUCACAAUUUGGGUUGUAUUCUUCCUCGGUUGUGAUUUCACACUUAUGAGAGAUAGAGCGAGGCAGCUGAGUGAGUUAGGUCAGACGUUUCGCUCUCCACAUGAGUAAAUUUAAGGCACCUCGUAAAAGCGGUAAUUUUCACUUUCAAAAUUAUGCAGCAGUAUUUUGUGUUUCUUUUAAGCUUCGUCAAAGAGGUCCUUACGUCUGUAGUGUGACAUCAAAGAGAAUUGACGUAAAAUUCGAGAACGGAAAAGUUACAAGCAAGAAGUUUGAACAAGCUAAAUUUAACAAGACGCUUACCAACGAGGAAUGUCCCACAUGUAGCGAAAAUGACGAGGUACGUUUUUAGGGGGCAGAUGUUCUAUCAAAACGAAAAUUGUGAGUGAUCCAUAAAAUCCGACGAGGUGGAGAAUGUGAACAUUUUCAAACCUACAUAUUCAAACCAUCGUCUAUUCUUCGCCGGUCAUCUUAAACCAUUGCACACCAAAGGAAUUAUUAAUUGCGGAAAUUAACACUCAACACUAAGAAUUAUAAAAAUACAUAUUAACUACUGAUCUAAUUUUUCAGUUUGAAGCCCUAAACCUUUGACAACAUUUUUCAUGGACCUUGAAUUGAGCCAAAGAAGACAAUGUUCGUCGGUGGAAAAUACAGUCGUUCUCUCUGACCGUCAAAGUUAUCAUAAGAAUGACAAUAAACAUUGCUGUAAUUAUCAUUACCUAAUCAGGAAAAUCCUGAUGUCAUUAUGGCACCUCAAAGUUUUAUUUUUUUCAGCUUACAAUAUUGAAUGCAGGUUACCUCGUCAAAGGAAAGGACCUGAGCCAGGUUCUUAUACCCCUCGUGAUGAACGUAUUGUUCGCCAGGCUUAGGCGGCAAGGUCUGAAUAAUAGCCAUAUCCUCCUUCAAAUGGGACAAGCCGACAAUCAGCUAAAGUUGCCAUACCCAUCGAACCCUGCUUUUGGCUCCUGGAUCAAUUCAUCUCCAUAUUUUGCGUCUCUACGUGUUAAACUUGAAAUUCCUCUCCAAGGAUCCUCGAGCUGCAGUAUUAAUACAACAAUUAUUAUGUCCAGAUCGGAAAUCAGCAUGCUUCAACGCCUCAAAUACUCUCAGAUAUCAAGCCCUCGGCGCGUUCAUCUAUGA